AUGGAAGAAAUCCUGAGGAAGCUGCAGAAGGAAGCGUCGGGGAACAAAUACAAAGCGAUCAAGGAGAGCUGCGGCUGGGCCAUUGAAACUUUGGAAUCUUCUGAUGCUGCUGCUACCAAGAUCCCUCCAUAUCAGCUGAGGGAGAAGUGUCUCCUCCCACUGCAGCUGGCUUUGGAAUCAAAGAACGUGAAGUUGGCCCAACAUGCUCUAGCAGGGAUGCAGAAGCUGCUCUCUGAUGAGAGAUUUGUAUCCGUGGAAACCGGCUCAGAUGAGAAGCAGCUACUAAAUCAGAUGCUGAAUGCCGUCAAAGUGACUCCUUCCCUGAACGAAGACCUGCAGGUAGAAGUGAUGAAGGUUUUGCUCUGUAUCACGUACACCUCCACAUUUGACCUGAAUGGAAGUUCAGUGCUAAAGAUUGCUGAGGUUUGCAUUGAGACAUAUGUAUCUAGCUGUCACCAGCGGAGUAUUAACACCGCUGUGCGGGCAACCCUCAGCCAAAUGUUGAGUGACUUGACUUUACAGUUACGGCAAAAGCAAGAGAAUACGACAACUGAAAACCAUGAAGCCAUGCAAGAGUUCAAGAGCCAAGGUUCUACAGUAGAGUCCCUUUGCGACGAUGUUGUGUCUGUCCUCACUGUGCUCUGUGAGAAGCUUCAGGCUGUCAUAAAUGAAAAUCAGCAACUGCAGCUUCUCUACUUGGAAUGUAUUCUCUCAAUGCUAAAUAGUUCCUCUCCCGGCAUGCACAACCACAGAGGAUUCACUGACCUUAUUUGGAAGCAAUUGUGUCCAGCCCUUGUAGUAAUCCUGGGAAAUCCAAUCCAUGAUAAAACAAUCACCUCUGCCCACAGUAGCAUCUGUCUCGAGGCUGAUUCGCCCUCCUCAGGGGUCUCUGAUCAUGGCCGAGGGUCAGGUUGCUCCUCCACAGCACCUGCCCUCAGUGGCCCCGUUGCUCGGACCAUAUAUUACAUUGCAGCGGAACUGGUUCGACUGGUGGGGUCAGUAGAAUCCAUGAAACCUGUGCUCCAGUCACUCUAUCACCGUAUGCUGCUGUAUCCCCCACCCCAGCACCGAGUGGAAGCCAUCAAGAUCAUGAAAGAGAUACUAGGUAGUCCACGACGGAUCUGUGAUUUGGCAGGACCCUGCUCGUCUGAACCAGAAUCCAGAAAGAGGUCAAUCUCGAAAAGGAAGUCCCAUCUGGAUCUUCUCAAACUUAUCAUGGAUGGGAUGACUGAAGCUUGCAUAAAAGGUGGUAUUGAAGCAUGUUAUGCCUCCGUUUCUUGUGUCUGUGCCCUGCUCGGGGCAUUAGAUGAACUAAGCCAAGGGAAAGGCCUUAAUGAGGAACAGGUCCACCUGCUUCUCCGACGCCUGGAAGAAUUGAGGGAUGGGGCUGAGACAAGCCGAGACUCCAUGGAGAUCAACGAUGCUGACUUUAGGUGGCAGAGGCGCAUCCUGUCAUCGGAACAUACCCCCUGGGAAUCGAGAAAUGAGAAAAGUCCUGACAUUAGCAUUAGUGUUACCACAGAUACUGGUCAAACCACUUUGGAGGGAGAUAUGGGGCAGACUACUCCAGAGGAUAAUCCUGAAGAUCAAAAAAACUCUCUGCAGUCUCCAGCUGGCCAAGACUUUAAAGAGAUUGGCUGUAAAGAGCCAGAAUCAGAAACAAUAGAGCAGCCAGAUGUGGUUCAAAGGAGUCACACCAUCGUUUAUCCAGAUAUAACUAAUUUCCUGUCGGUUGAUUGCAGGACACGGUCCUAUGGAUCCAGAUAUAGUGAAAGUAACUUCAGCGUUGAUGAACAAGAUCUUUCUAGGACUGAAUUUGACUCAUGUGAUCAAUAUUCCAUGGCAGCAGAGAAAGACUCUGGGAGGUCAGAUGUCUCAGACAUAGGGUCUGAUAACUGUUCCCUGGCUGACGAAGAGCAGACCCCAAGGGACUGUCCAGGUCAUAGGUCCUUGCGUACCGCUGCUCUCUCUUUGAAAUUAUUGAAGAACCAAGAAGCAGACCAGCAUAGUGCCCAGCUGUUUGUACAGUCCCUUGAAGCUCUUCUUCCUCGACUUAUAACACUCCAUAGUGUAGAAGAGGUGGAUUCAGCGCUCCAGAAUUUUUCCUCGACCUUCUGCUCAGAUAUGAUGUUCUCACCAGGAUUUGAGGGGAACCCCAAUUUCAGCUUCCAGACUCUGAUGAAUGCAGACAGUAUCUACAUGGUCUCGCACUACACCCUUCUGCUCAACCUGAAGUUAUCCAACUCUGACUACUACAGGAAGAAACCUUCCCAAGCACCUGUGUUGCAGAAGGAGUUUAUGAAGCAGGUUCAGGCCAGUGGAGUAUUGAUGGUGUUCUCUCAGGCAUGGGUUGAGGAGCUCUACCAUCAGGUACUGGAAAGGAACAUCCUGGGAGAGGCUGGUUACUGGGGAAGCCCUGAGGAGCACCGUCUUCCGCUCAUCACCAUGUUGACCGACAUUGAUGGCUUGGGGAGCAGUGCUAUAGGUGGGCAGCUGAUGGCAUCUGCAUCAACACAAUCUCCUCUCACCCAGAACCAGAAGACCGAUGAUUCUGUUGUGGCAGGUGUUGCUUUUGCCCGAUACCUUCUGAUUGGUUGCUGGAAGAAUUUGAUUGAUACCUUAUCCACACCUUUGACUGGUCGAAUGGCAGGAAGCUCCAAAGGGUUAGCAUUCAUCCUGGGAGCUGAAGGAGUCAAGGAGCAGAACCAGAAGGAGAAAGAUUCCAUUUGUAUGAGCCUGGAUGGACUGAGGAAGGCAGCCCGGCUGAGCUGUGCUCUAGGGGUUGCUGCUAAUUGUGCAUCUGCCCUUGCCCAAAUGGCUGCUGCCUCCUGUGUUCAAGAAGAGAAGGAGGAAAGAGACGCCCAAGAGCCCAGUGAUGCUAUAACUCAAGUGAAACAGAAAAUGGAGCAGAAGCUGGAACAGAUGGGGAAAGUGCAGGGAGUCUGCCUGCACCCUGCUCAUGUUUUGUGCAUGGAUGCCAUCCUCAAUGUGGGCCUGGAAAUGGGAAGCCACAAUCAAGACUGUUGGCCACAUGUGUUCAGGGUGUGUGAAUACAUCAGCACUCUGGAGCACACCCAUUUCAGCGAUGGCGCAUCUCAGCCCCCUCUCACUAUAACCCAAUCGCAGCAGGUCACAGGAGGGUUGCAGGUGGAUUAUCCGUCUGCAAACUCUCCCCAGGAACUGACCCCUGAGCAGGAGACCACCCUGAGCAACAAUCCCGUCAUCCAGCCCGUCUCCAUCCAAGACCUCAUCAAGGAGGGCAGCAAGGGCAGAGCUUUCGACUUUCGUGGAGGCAGCCUGCUAAGUGGAAGCAAUGCUGCCAAGGCUGUCCUCAUCCUCUCCACGCAGGCUGACAGGCUAUUUGAAGAUGCUGCUCACAAGCUAAACCUGAUGGCACUGGGUGGCUUCCUAUACCAGCUCAAAAAAGCUUCUCAGUCCCAGCUCUUCUACUCAGUCACAGAUACAGUUGAUUACUCCUUAGCAAUGCCAGGUGAAGUAAAGUCUACCCAGGACAGGAGAAGCGCACUCCAUUUGUUUCGUCUUGGGGAUGCCAUGCUCAGGAUUGUACGGAGUAAAUCCCGCCCAUUGCUCCACCUCGUGCGCUGCUGGAGUCUGGUGGCACCUCAUCUUGUAGAGGCUGCCUGUCAUAAGGAGAGACAUGUUUCUCAGAAGGCUGUCUCCUUCAUCCAUGAUAUCCUCACCGAGGUGCUGACAGACUGGAAUGAGCCCCCUCAUUUUCACUUCAGUGAGGCGCUGUUCCGCCCCUUUGAGCGCAUCAUGCAGCUGGAGCUGUGUGAUGAGGAUGUCCAGGACCAGGUGAUCACGUCUAUAGGGGAGCUGGUGGAGGUGUGUUCCAUUCAGAUCCAGUCCGGGUGGAGGCCCUUGUUCAGUGCAUUGGAAACAGUGCACAGCAGUAGCAAGUCAGAGCUUAAGGAGUACCUUGUUGGAGAGUAUUCUAUGGGGAAAUGCCAGGCUCCAGUUUUUGAUGUUUUUGAAGCAUUUCUCAACACAGACAACAUCCAGGUCUUUGCCAAUGCCGCCACUAGUUACAUUAUGUGCCUUAUGAAGUUUGUCAAAGGACUGGGAGAAGUGGAUUGUAAGGAGAUUGGUGAUUGUGUGUCAGGAUCUAUGUCUACAGACUUGUGCCUUCCUGCUCUUGAUUACCUCAGGAGGUGUUCUCAGUUGCUAGCCAAAAUCUACAAAAUGCCCUUGAAGCCAAUUUUCCUCAGUGGCCGGCUGGCCAACUUGCCCCGAAGAGUGCAGGAGCGAUCAGCCAGCAGUGAGGAUGGGAUUGAGUGUGUCCUUUCUGACUUUGAGGAUGACUCUGGCCUUAUCAAUGUCUGGAUCAUUCUGCUGGAAGAAUUAACUACUGCCAUAUCCAACUGUCCGCGCCAGCACCAGCCACCCACCCUGGAUUUACUCUUUGAGCUGCUGAGAGAUGUUGCCAAAAUUCCUGGCCCAGGAUUUGGCAUUUAUGCAGUUGUACAUCUUCUACUCCCCACAAUGUCCCUCUGGCUCCAUCGUAGCCAUGGUGACCAUUCUUACUGGGAUGCGGCAUCUGCUAAUUUCAAGCAUGCCAUUGGCCUUUCCUGUGAACUGGUAGUGGAGCACAUUCAAAGUUUCAUUCAUUCAGACAUUGGCUACGAGAAUAUGAUUAAUACAAUGCUAAAAGAUCUCUUCAAGUUGUUGGUAGCCUGUGUGGCAGAGCCUACAGAAACAAUCUCCAGAGUUGGCUGCUCAUGUAUCAGGUAUGUCCUGGUGACAGCAGGGCCCGUUUUUACUGAAGAGAUGUGGAGGCUUGCAUGCUGUGCAUUACAGGACGCGUUCUCUGCGACUCUUGAGCCAGUAAAGAACCUAUUGGGCUAUUUCCACAGUGGUUCUGAAAGUUUUAGUGGCGAUGCCUGUGAAGUGAAGGUGGCGGCCCCAUCUCUCUCUCCCAGUGCCGAAGCUGAGUACUGGAGAAUCCGAGCCAUGGCGCAACAGGUUUUCAUGUUAGACACCCAGUGCUCACCAAAGACCCCCAACAACAAGGAGGGGUUUGAACAUGCUCAGUCCUGCGUGCUUAUCAUUGAGCUGCCUGCUGACAAGAAACACAACGGGCAUACCCAGAAAAGUAUCCCUUUCAGGACAAUAGUGGUGAGUCUGUUGUCUCAUCAAGUGCUGCUCCAGAAUUUAUAUGAUAUCUUGCUGGAAGAGUUUGUGAAGGGCCCCUCUCACGUGGAAGAGAAGACAGUACAAAUGCCAGAAACCAAACUGGCUGGUUUCCUCAGGUACAUUUCCAUGCAGAAUUUGGCUGUCAUCUUUGACUUACUGCUGGAUUCUUAUCGGACAGCCAGAGAGUUUGACACCAGACCUGGGUUGAAAUGCUUGCUGAAAAAAGUGUCUGGCAUUUGUGGAGCUGCCAACUUGUAUCGCCAGUCAGCAAUGAGCUUCAACAUUUACUUCCAUGCCUUGGUCUGUGCUAUACUGACAAACCAGGAGAACAUCACCGCAGAGCAGGUGAAGAAGAUCCUAUUUGAGGAUGAUGAAAGAAGCACAGAUUCCUCCCAGCAGUGCUCUUCAGAAGAUGAAGACAUUUUUGAAGAAACUGCCCAAGUCAGCCCCCCAAGGGGGAAGGAGAAGAGACAGUGGAGGGCUAGAAUACCAUCUUUGAGUGUUCAGCCAGUGAGCAAUGCAGACUGGGCUUGGUUAAUCAAAAGGCUUCACAAGCUAUGCAUGGAACUCUGUAACAACUAUAUCCAAAUGCAUCUGGAUUUGGAGAAUAAUGUGGAGGAACCUCCAGUUUUCAAAGGCGACCCUUUUUUCAUCCUACCAUCCUUUCAAUCUGAAACCUCCACCCCAUCAACCGGAGGGCAGUCUGGAAAAGAGACACCCUCAGAAGAUGACAGAAGUCAAAGUAGGGACCACUUGAUAGACAAUCUAACGCCCAAGGGAGGGAGCGGAGAAAUGCUGCUGCUACCACCAUUGAGCCCUAAAAUGGAGAAAAAAGACCAAGCCAGGAAAAAAGAAUGGUGGGAGAGCGCUGGCAACAAAAUCUACACCAUAGCCACUGAUAAAACUAUCUCCAAACUCAUGACGGAGUAUAAGAAAAGGAAGCAGCAACAAAACUUGACCUCUUUCACCAAAGAUGUCAAAGUGGAAAAGAAGGGAGAGUUGUUGGGCUCAAGAGGGCAAGAUUCACCACUCCCCCAGCGACCGCAACAUCUGGUGGACCAGGGCCAAAUGAGGCAUUCCUUCAGUGCCGGCCCAGAGAUCUUGAGGCAAGAGAAGAGGCCGCGCUCAGGAUCUACAGUCAGCUCCUUGAACAUAUCUGUGCGAGAUGCAGAGGCACAAAUACAGGCAUGGACCAACAUGGUGCUGACAGUUCUCAACCAGAUACAGACCCUGCCUGACCAAACAUUCACAGCCCUCCAGCCAGCUGUGUUCCCCUGCAUCAGUCAGCUGACUUGUCAUGUGACCGAUAUCCGUGUCCGUCAGGCUGUGAGAGAAUGGCUCGGAAGAGUGGGAAGGAUCUAUGAUAUCAUUGUAUAA